AUGCAGGAAGAGUUCAACGCUCUUCAGCGGAACCAUACCUGGACACUGGUUCACUGGCCUCCUCGCGCCAACGUCAUCAGCGGCAAGUGGGUUUUUCGUCAUAAGACCCGCUCGGAUGGCACACUUGAGCGUUAUAAGGCUCGCUGGGUGGUUCGUGGUUUUCGGCAGCGUGCUGGAGUUAACUUCACAGAGACGUUUGCACCGGUUGUCAAACCGGGCACGAUCUGCACCGUCCUUCAGCUGGCGGUCUCUCGUGGUUGUCAUGUUCAUCAGAUGGAUGUCUCCAACGCCUUUCUUCAUGGACACCUUGAGGAGCAGGUUUACUGUGAGCAACCCACUGGUUUCGUCGACGCCUCUCAUCCUGGCCAUGUGUGCUUGUUGUCCCGGUCUCUCUAUGGCCUCAAGCAAGCACCUCGCGCAUGGUACCAGCGCAUCACCGGUUUUCUUCAGAUACUGGGCUUCUACGUCACCCACUCGGAUGCCUCAUUGUUUGUCUAUCACCACGGCUACACGACUGCUUACUUGCUGCUCUACGUCGACGACAUCAUCCUGACGGCCUCCUCUAUAGACCUCAUCCAGCAGAUCACUCUCCGGCUGCGUGACGAGUUUGCCAUCAAGGAUUUGGGCGCUCUCCAUUAUCUCCUUGGCAUUGAGGUCGUUCGGCGACCCGACGGCUUCUUUCUUCAUCAGCAGAAGUAUGCGCAUGAGCUACUUGAGUGUGUCGGCAUGCUCAAUUGUCAUCCUGUCGCUACUCCUGUUGACACGGAGGCCAAGCUUACUGCUCUCGAGGGCUCGCUCGCGUCGGAUGCUCCAUUCUACCGGUCCAUCGUUGGUGCUCUCCAGUAUCUGACACUCACCCGCCCAGAUCUGCAGUAUGCUGUCCAGCAGGUCUGUCUCCAUAUGCACACCCCUCGUGACUCACAUUGGACACUCGUGAAACGGAUUCUCCGAUACAUCCGUGGCACGAUGUCCCUUGGACUCACUCUCACGGCGUCCACCUCUCUGGAUAUGGUGGCCUAUUCUGAUGCUGAUUGGGAUGGCUGCCCUGACACACGACGCUCCACUUCUAGCUACUGCGUCUAUCUCGGUCUCUUCAUCGUCUCGUGGUCGUCCAAGCGACAACCCACAGGUUCGCGCUCCAGCGCGGAGGCUGAGUACCGAGCAGUGGCUAACGCAGUUGCCGAGUGCACCUGGCUACGACAGCUACUCCAGGAGUUGCAUCACGACGUCUCACGGGCCAUGGUUGUCUACUGUGACAACGUCUCUGCAGUGUAUCUUUCCGCCAACCCCGUUCAUCAUCGCCGGACAAAGCACAUCGAGCUGGACAUUCACUUUGUGCGCGAAUAG